AGUUCUGUCUUCGUCGCCUAAAAGUGACGUCAUCUCGGCCGGCCAUGUAGAUACAUGUGUAUAUAGUGUUCUUGCUUGGUUUUUUUGUUUUCUAUAGCAAUAGACACCGCAUUGUUUUAUAUUUUUCUGUAUUUAGUCUGAUAUUGUAAUUCCCAGACAUAACAAACAUGGCUGCUAGUUGUCGCAGACCCGAGCACAUGGCACCUCCAGAGGUGUUCUACAAUGAGGAAGAGGCAAAGAAGUACUCUCAAAACUCUCGGAUGAUCGAGAUCCAGACCCAGAUGUCGGAGAGAGCGGUGGAGCUGCUGAACUUGCCAGAAGAUCAGCCUUGCUAUUUGCUGGAUGUCGGCUGUGGCUCUGGACUAAGUGGAGAUUAUUUAUCAGAAGAAGGCCAUUACUGGGUUGGUGUGGACAUCAGCACUGCCAUGUUGAAUGUUGCUUUGGACAGGGAGGUGGACGGAGAUCUUGUACUAGGAGACAUGGGACAAGGAAUGCCAUUCAGACCAGGGACUUUUGAUGGGUGUAUCAGUAUCUCCGCUCUGCAGUGGCUGUGUAAUGCGGAUAAGAAGACACACAGUCCUCCCAAGAGACUCCACAGCUUCUUCAGCACACUGUACUCCUCUCUGACAAGAGGUGCCCGUGCCGUCUUUCAGAUUUAUCCGGAAAAUUCAGAACAGCUGGAGCUGAUCACAGCCCAGGCCAUGAGGGCAGGCUUCACCGGAGGCAUGGUGGUCGACUACCCCAACAGCAGCAAAGCCAAAAAGUUCUUCCUCUGCCUGUUCGCUGGCGUGUCUGGUGUCUUGCCCAAGGGUUUAGGGUCGGAGACUGUUGACAGAAAUGUUUCAAAUCAAGCGCAGUUCACAGGACAGAGAUCUCGCUUCAAAAACUUGAAAGGCAAGUCCAUGAAAAAGAGCAAGGACUGGAUCAAGGAGAAGAAGGAGAGGAGGCGAAGGCAGGGCAAGGAGGUGAGAGCGGAUACGAAAUACACAGGCCGCAAUAGGAGACCUCGCUUCUGAAGACUAUCAUGAUCAGUGGUCUGCCUCAGGCUUCAUCUUUGCCUGUUCAGAUGGACUGUAUGGACUAAACAAGAUGGCCGACUCUGUGGACUUGAGCAGUGUGGAGUUUUCUCUUUUCUGAACAGGUGCUAUAUGAUGAAAUAUAGCUAAAGUGAACGGAAGAAAUGACUGUCGUGGUAAAAUGACAUGGUUUUAGACAGCAAAAUAUUUCUUACUCAUUUUGAAGGCAUGAAACUAAAUAAAAAUAGCCUCCCUUGCUUGUGUAUUAGAAUGAUGCCAGACUAUUAAUAGGAUAAUUCAAUGCUUAAUGAAUGAUAAUGAAUUAAGGCUAGAAUCAGAGUUUGUGUAGCAUUUUUGAGUGCGUGGCAUUGUUUAGGAUUUGCCUCAUGCUUUUCUUCUGGCUUAUUCUGGAAUGAGAACUGUUUGUGUUAUUCUGUUAUAAGACAUUAAACAAACUCGGAGUUGUUUAUUAAAAUUACAGCUUUUGGUCCAGGGA